UGCACAGCGGCCGCGAGCAGCAACGGCAGCACACGUGCUUCGGAGAUGGGGCCAGCAUGCGACUUCAUGCGGCGAGUCUUCUCCCUCUUGCCUUGCUGUUGCAACGCCGAUUCAGCGGCCGCUCUGAUGCCUCGGAGGCGGCAGCAGAGCGUUCUCUCGCGAUGUCACCUCUCCACGUCCUCUCGACGCAUGCAUGCAUGACGCGCGUGCGAGGGCCGGCAACUCAUGCAUGCCGACGGCGACACCCCGAAGCUCGCGGCUCGGCGCAGCAGCAGCACCUCUCUCAGCCCCCAGGCACGCUCGGAUGAUCGGCGGCGCGUCGGCACAACGCCAGCAUAUGUGGGAUCAGGCCAUUCGACUCGCUCUCGCGCGCGCGUGAGCGGCAUCUCGAAGCGCGGGGAAAUGGCACAGCUCGCCGCCCGCCGUGGAGGAGAGGGUCCGCAGCCCGCCGCCGGCUCGUCCGGCGCUCAUCAGAUGCAGCAUCGAUCCACCUCAAGCACGCGCGCACACGGCACAGGCACGGACCUCGGUUCGCACAGGCCACAGCAGCGUCAGCAUCAGGGUGCAGACAGCUGGAACCUCCGCGGAAGCGGAGUGCGGUGCGGCUUCGCACGCUCGGCUUGCAUCAUCCUUCCUCGCAGAAGGACCUGGAAGAUGUGCUGCUGGCUUCGUCGGCCGAAUGAGCUCGAUACACCGGUGAACCCUGACGCUGGAGCUCAGUCAGGCGGCAGGCCCCGGAUGCCCGCUUGCGGUGCCUGUCGAUCCCCACAGCGUCGGCUGCACCCCUCGACGUCAGGUGAUGAGACGGCCCUUCCUUCCUCCGCCGCCUGCGGGCUACUCUCUGACUGUCGCACGUUCUCGCGUCUCGACCCAGGCCUCCGGCCAGAAGGGCGCUAGCCUCCCGGUCACGCUAGACCAUCGCCUUGGCGCGGCAUCAGGCACGCAUGGCAAGAGGUGGAUCGAUAUCUGAUUGAAGGGAGGCCGGCGGGAGAAUACACGAGAGAACAGAGACAGAGAGCGUGGUGGAAGAGACUC